GACAGAAGUCUGGACCCUCAGACGCAUAAUCGUCUCUGACAGGACCGGGAUCGAUCAGAGCCGCAAGAAAUCCCGAACAAAUGGAUGCCAGUGAGGGCAAAGAGUCAGAAAGAGCCGCCGGGGAUCUUUGUUCUCACCUCGGCUCAGCAGCUGCAGAAAUGCCGCAACAGAUCAGCGCAGAAAACUGCUACGAGCUGCUGACAAAAGCCAAGAGCGAAGGCGCGGCGGGCGUGAAGGAGCGGGUCUACCGCUACAUGAGCGACCACUACCUGCAGGUGCUGCGGACUCCCGGCGUGUACGGCCGGCUCACAGCGGGGGAGAGGGAGCGCAUCCUGGCCCGGAGGAUGGAGGGCAGGAAGGUGCUGGCGGUGGCCGAGACCAGCGAGGUGCACGACCGCGGGGGGAGCCGGGAGAACAGCCGGCCGCAGAGCCCGCUGCUGCCCGCCCCGGAGGACACCAACCACCGACGGGUAUUCUGCCUCCACCCGGAGCGCCAGCAGUGGGAGGUGCUGACGAGCCUGCCGGACGAGAUCCCGGCCAAAGGCUCCGGGAUGUGCACCAUGUACAACUACCUGUUCGUGGCGGGGGGGAUCAGGGCGCAGGGGGACGGCCGUUCCAAAGCAUCGGACCGGGUCUUCUGCUACAACCCGCUGACCGGCGCCUGGAGCCAGAUCCGCCCGCUGACCCAGCCCCGCUGCCAGCUCAGGCUGGUCUCCAUGGACGGCUACCUGUACGCCAUCGGGGGGGAGUGUUUGUUCGCGGUGGAGCGCUACGACCCGCGCGCGGACAGGUGGAGUCCGAUGGCUCCGUUGCCCAAAGGCUCCUUCGCCGUUGCGCACGAGGCGACGUCCUGCGGCGGGGAGCUGUUCGUGUCCGGCGGCUCGCUCUUCUACCGCCUGCUGCGGUACGACUCCCGCCGGGACGAGUGGGAGGAGUGUCCGUUCAACGAGAGCCGUCGGCGUUCCACGGACAUGGUGGCGCACGGCAGCCUCGUGUUCCGCUUCGACGUGGACCGGGAGCGCGCGGCGGUGAGCGUGUACAAGUACAACACUGUGGUGAAGGUGUGGCACGGCGGCGCGUCCUUCCCGCUCCACAACCCGCUGCCUUUCCGCUGCGCCGUGCUCGGGGACCGGAUCUACUGCGUCAACCGGGGCCAGACGCUGCAGUUUGAGGUGCGAGAGGAGCAGGAGGGGUUCCUGCCGGAGGUGCUGCCUUCCCCGGCGGAGGCCAGAGGGGCCCUGGUGCCCUUCGUCCUCUCACUGAACCGGGACAAACGUCCCUCCACAGUGGACUGAGACUGAAGACUAAACAAGUUAAACCGCCUUCCUCAGCUGUGCCUUUUGUUUCAGUCCUGAUUUUACCAAAACUUCGGUUUAAUGAAAGAAACAACAUGUUUUUAGUCCUGAGAUUAAACCUGCAGAACACACACACACCCACCCACACACACACACACACACACACACACACACACACACACACACACACACACACACACACACACACUUGAUACACACUGUGUAAACUUAAACCCCGGCCGCCGGACCUUCACCAAACAUUAAAAAAACACACCCAGUUACCUGCACCUGAAGUGUGACGUCAUGGUUUCUCAACCUGUUUCAGGUAGUUUUGGUCACGUGUUUAACUAUUGAUCUGUUUGUAAUAUCAGUGAUAAUAUUUGUGUGAUCAAUAAAAUAAAAACAGACAGAUCAGACAGUGUUUCCUCUUCCUGAGAUCCUGAACCAGAGUCUGGAGCAGAGUCUGGACCAGAAACUAAACCAGAGUCUGUACCAGAUCCUGAACCAGAGUCUGGAGCAGAGCCUGGACCAGAUCCUGAACCAGAGUCUGAACCAGAGUCUGGAGCAGAUCCUGGACCAGAGUCUGAACCAGAUCCUGAACCAGAGCCUGAGGCAGAUUCUGGAUCCUGAAGGUGACCCUGAA